AUGUCUCAGAAGCGCAGCGCGGAAGAGGCUGGCAUUGGCCCCGGUCGAGCCAGCGUCCGGCCCCAUCUUGCAGCCGGACCGCCCCUCUUGAAUGUCCCGGCCGUGCACCCCGGUGCGCCGGUGGCCGCGCGGCCGCGGCCGCCCGGCGCACCCAUGGGCAUGGCUCGGCCGCCCUCCGGCCCGGUGCCGGUCCCGCUACACGCACCGCCGGUCAUGGUCCGGCCACCCGGGCCAUCUGCCGGUGUCAGUGUCGGCGCCCCGGUGGGCCGUCCCGUUCCGCUGGCCGUCCCGCUGCCGGCCCCCACCACCGCCGCCGCCGGGACCCCGUCCAGCGGGACGAGAUCCGUCGGCCCGAUGGCCCCAUCCGGCCGGGCUGGCCCUGGCGGGGUCGCCGCCGGUGCCAUUCCCGUGCCGUAUGCGGUGGCCGUGCGGUCGAUGGCCACUUCGACCGGCGUGGCAUUGGCCUCGGCUCCCACGGCCGCCGUGGUUCGGCCCACCAGCGGCGUGGCUCUCUCCUCGCCGCCGGUCCCGGCGGGGCCCACCCCCACGGCCGCCGCCGCCGCCGCCGCCGCCGCUGCCACGGCGUCCGCCUCUGCCGCAUCCCCGGCCGCCCCGGCUGCUUCGACCACUUCGGCACCGGGUACCCCGCUCGGCGGCCCGGCUGCCACGGCCGCCGCCACGGCCGGCCCUGCCGCCGCCACCACCGCGCGGCCCAUCCCUCAAAUCGAUCCAACCAUCCUCUCUUGGGGCGCCUACUACGAGAGCCUUCGUCGCGCCGGGCAGGACCCCGUGGUCACGGUGGCCAAACAGCACCUCGCCCAGUAUGAUGGGAAUAUGGCGGCCGCGACGGCCGCUGCCCAGGUGGCCAUUGCCUCGGUCGAUGCCCAGUACCAGGCCUACCAGGCCGCCACUGGCGCCCUUGAUCUCGAGAAGAAGCGCGAGAUCACUGCCCGCGCAGCCGGCGGUGAAGUUUGGAACGAUCCGACCCUCGCCCAAUGGGAUGAGAACGACUAUCGCAUCUUCAUUGGCGAUCUCGGAAAUGACGCGACCACCGAGCUUCUGACGUCGGUCUUCCGGGAGUAUCCCUCCUUCCUGCAGGCGCGCGUGGUCAUGGACAAGCGCACCAACACGCCGAAGGGCUACGGCUUCGUGUCCUUCUCCGAUCCGGAUGACUACCUGAAGGCCUUCCGGGAUUGGGACAACAAGUACAUCGGAUCGCGCCCGGCCAAGAUGCGUCCCUCCUCCUGGAAGGAUCGGUCACGCGUCGAACAGGACCCAACCGAGAUCCGGGCCAUGAAAAAGAUGCACGGCAUCCUCUACAAGAAGAAGAGCCGGUAGCGGUGUAUUCCGCAGAGACACGGACGCCGUCGUUGGUCUCUUUUUUUGUCAUUUGCCCCUCAGAUCAAGACGUGCAGACGGGAAAAUACACACAAUACCCAGACA